AUUUUGAAAGUAGAGUUUUAGUCGCAUGUUGGAAACUCAGAAAUGUCCAACUUGCUAACCUAGGCGGAAGACUCGGAUCCCGAGUUUCCCACCAGGGAGGUACUAGAAUCAAAUAGGAAGCUUUACGCAAAUAAUUUACUUUUAACUCGGAGGUCCCGAGUUUUCGACAUGAUAUGAACGCAGCAUUACCAAAGAUUAUAACUAAACCAAGAUAGGAAACGACAGACUGGGCUAUGUGAACAAAUGUGUCAUUUUGUGCAGAACAAGGAGGCAUCUGUAUAUUUCCGUUAGGGAACGCCUACUUUGUGAAGUGCGCGUGUGCAAUAACUCAAUUCGCCUUUGCACUAUUAAAUAACGCAAUAUGAAAAGUGUUUUGGCAAAGGGUAAAGUCUACUAAACUUAUUCCAAUCAGUUCAUAACAUAUUUUCGUUUUAGUAACCGAAAACUGUAUUGAGAUCACAUGUUUUAUCGAUGAGAAAAAGUGCAGAAUGUCGGUCAAAAUCCAUCUCCUCCCGCUGCCGGCCGCUGGGCUGUAGUGAGUGGACACGCCAAGCUUUCAGAUUUAUACAUCCGGUAAAUAUAUGUCAUUGUUCUAUGUGGCAUUAAUAUUUUACGUGAGUCACGUGACUGUCACAUGAUUUUGAAACCGGAACUUGCCGUAGAGAGAGGCUUUGGACAAUUAAUUUAUGAAAUGCAGAGCAAACACUGACAACUAACUGCAAUACAUAAUAGUCAGCAAAGCUAAAGCUUCACAAUGAGUGAGGAACACUACUACCUGGAACUUUGUGAAAAUCCUGUGCAAUUUGAAAAUGCCUCAAGCGUCAACAAUGUGUUUUUUGACGAAGCAAACAAACAGGUGUUUGCAGUGCGAUCAGGGGGUGCCACUGGGGUUGUGGUUAAAGGACCAGAGGACAAAAGCUCAGUUGCCUUCAGAAUGGAUGACAAAGGAGAGGUGAAGUGCAUCAAGUUUUCAAUCGGAAAUAAGAUUUUGGCAGUUCAGAGAACACCAAAAUCUGUGGAUUUCAUAAACUUCAUACCGGACUAUCCACAUUUGGAAUUCUCCCAGGAAUGUAAGAUGAAGAAUGCCAGUAUUUUGGGCUUCUGUUGGACUAACUGGAAUGAAAUCGUUUUCAUCACUGACCAGGGAAUUGAGUUCUACCAGGUGCUUCCUGACAAGCGUAGCCUGAAGCUGCUGAAGAGUCAGAGCAUCAAUGUGAACUGGUACAUGUACUGUCCUGAGACUGCAGUCAUUCUACUUUCUACCACCUUCCAGGGCAAUGUGCUGCAGCCGUUUGCCUUCAAAAGUGGGACCAUGUCUAAAAUGUCCAAGUUUGAGAUCGAGCUUCCGGUGGUUCCCAAGCCAGCCAAGCUCAAUCUGUCAGAGAGGGACAUUGCCGUGGCCAACAUUUACGGUCAGCUGUAUGUAAUGUAUCUGAAGCAUCACUCCAGAACUACCGACAGUCCCUGUGCUGAGGUGAUCCUCUAUCAGCUACCCAGGGAGGGAUCCUGUAAGAAGACCAACGUGUUAAAACUCAACACCACAGGGAAGUUUGCCCUCAACGUGGUGGAUAACCUGGUGGUAGUGCAUCAUCAGAGCACUCAGACCUCCAUCAUAUUUGACAUCAAGCUACGGGAGCCUGACUGUGCCCUGAACGUCCACCAGCCUGUGCUGCCUCCUCGCUCCAUACACCCCUACAGGAUUCCCCUCACAGGUCCUUCUGCUGUACCCAGCCAGCCUCCGGUGCCUUGUGAGCUCUACUCCUCAUCUUGGAGCGUCUUUCAACCCGACAUCAUCAUCAGUGCAAGCGAAGGGUAUCAGUGGUAUCUGCAGGUGAAGCUGCCACCCACCGUCAACCUCCUGCAGGACAAGGGCAAGCUGAUCGACUUCCUCCUGCGCAGACGAGACUGCAAGAUGGUCAUCCUGUCAGUGUGCUCACAAAUGCUCAACGGGGAAGACAAGGGGAGCUUACCAGUGGUGGCCACAGUGUUUGACAAACUCAACCAAGUCUUCAAAGAGUACCUGGAGGCAGAGCAGACCUACACUGUGGCUAUGGAGUCUGGUCCCAGCCGAGGCAGCACUGCUCGGGAGAGGCCUGUCCGGACGCAGGCAGUUAUCGACCAGUCCGACAUGUACACACACGUCCUGUCCUCCUUCACAGAGAAAAAGGACGUGUCUCACAAAUUCAUCAUUGCUGUGCUGAUGGAGUACAUCCGCUCACUCAACCAGGUCCAGAUCACUGUGCAGCAUUACCUGUAUGAGCUGGUCAUUAAGACGUUGGUUCAUCACAGUCUCUUCUACAUGCUUCAUCAGUUCCUCCAGUACCACGUCCUCAGUGACUCUAAACCUCUGGCCUGUUUGCUGCUGUCUCUAGAAGGCACUUACCCCGCUGCACACCAGCUCUCCCUGGACAUGUUAAAGAGACUGUCCACGGCCAACGAUGAGAUCGUGGAGGUGCUCCUGUCCAAACAGCAGGUGCUGGGUGCUCUGCGCUUCAUCCGCAGCGUGGGCGGCAACGACAACAUCUCUGCUCGCAAGUUCCUGGAUGCGGCGCUCCAGACGGCCGACCAGAUGCUCUUCUACACCAUCUUCCGGUUCUUUGAGCAGAGGAACCUGCGCCUGAGAGGCAACCCCAGCUUCAACCCAGGUGAGCACUGUGAGGAACACGUGGUAUACUUCAAGCAAGUUUUCGGGGAGCAAGCACUCAUGAAGCAAGCAACAGUUUGAGCAGUGACAUUUCAUCUUAUCCCACAGCCCAUCUAACUUAUUGUAAAUUGUUGAAAUCAUGCUAAUAAAGUCAUUUGUACAUACUCUAACAAUUAA